AAGAAGCCGUCAACGUUGACUCCGGACCAUCCACAUCCACUGUUCACCCUGCCCCAGGUGUAACAUCUGAGCAGGUACGCGAAGAACAACACCGCAUGUCAAACAGGCAUAUCAUCAAGGCUGGAGAUAACGUGGUAUUUCGAAUGCCAUCGGGACAGACGAGGGUGCACAAAGUUGACGAUAAGGCAACCAUCAGCUUGGGCAAAUUCGGCACCUUCCCGUCGUCCCGCCUCCUAGGGCAUCCAUUUGGACUCACAUACGAGAUCGUCGAUAGUGGUAUUUUGCGAGUCAUGCAGCCCGAGGUUGUCAAGGAGCUCGAGGAGACCCAGGCUACAAAUGAGUACAUAGAAGAUGUGGGGCAGGCGGUACAGCCCCUCACAUUUGAGGAGAUCGAGGCGCUCAAGAAGAGUGGCACAGCGGCUUCCGAUAUCAUCAACAUGCAAAUUACGAGCCAUGCGAAUUAUGAGCUAAAGACAGAAUUCAGUAAGGAGAAGUACAGGAAAAGAAAACAAGCCAAGUUCAACAAAACGUUUACCGCGCUCCCUCCUUCUCCAAGCAACCUCCUUUCCCAUAUAGUCGCGCAACAGCCGUCCCGCGUGCAGCACCUCCGUAUCGACACCCUAGCCCAAAUGCUCACUUUCACCAACGUGCAGGAAGAUGGGAGGUACAUCGUCGUGGAGGAUUGCGCGGGGCUGAUAGUCGGCGCUGUCUUGGAGCGGAUGGGUGGGAAAGGAACGUUGCUCACUAUUCACGACGCUGAUUCCCCUCCUGCGCAUCACAUUCUUAAUCAAAUGAACCUCACACCUGAGGAGCUAGCACCGCUCCGAGUACUCAACUGGGCAACAGCGGACGAGAGUCACACCCCCGUAUUUCCUCCCACUUCGCCCUCAGGCAAGAAAACAAAAUCCGAACGCGAACGCCGCAGGCUGGAGAAGCGAAAAGAGGCGAUAGAUCUUGUUCUCCAAACGAGAGAAGACCUGUUCGCCGGCGAAUGGGACGCCAUGAUAGUGGUCUCGCAGUAUGAACCGAUGAGCAUUGUUCGAAGACUCGGCAAGUAUCUCGCCGGCUCAGCGAAUUGUGUCAUCCACAGUCCAUACAACUCUGUGCUCGCUGAUCUCCAAGUGAAGCUCCGCCAACAAGGCGGAUGGCUAAACCUGCAGCCUACAGAGGGCUGGUUGAGGCGAUAUCAGGUGCUUCCGGGCAGGACACAUCCGGAUAUGAACGUACAGGGGAGCGGAGGCUGGCUAUUACAUGCUAUCAAGGUAUACGACGACCCCUCAGCAAGUAGCAUCGUCCACUGGGAAUUUCAAGCCAAGAAACGAAGAAAGCUUAACGAAGCCGGAGCCAGCGCGAGCGGGAGUGCACCAGAGACACCAGCUGAAGAGACUGUCGAGGAUCGCGAGACUGGUGGAGCAGCUGAUGAGGAAGUUGUGGAGGCUGCACUCGUGGAAGCCGACGAAGAGAUGCAAGUUGACCAAUCGUCUGGAGAAGUAGGUCUCGAUGCGGACGCCAGCGGUGAUGGUCAGCGAUACCCGGCUGGCGCAGAGCAGACUGUAAUUGAGCCUCUCGAGAGUGCCUCGUAGCUCAGUGGCGAUAUUCGAUCAAUCUGUUGCACUACUCUUACAACCAACUGGUGCUGACUUGUGCUGCUUGAGUUGUGACGAUCCAUGGCCCUGCUUGGAAGCGAUUCCGCAGAUUCAUUCAGAUCAAGGGAUUUACAGGGCAGCUAGACGAACCACAACCGUGUUGGCAUAACUUCACGACAAGUCUUGCGAACUGUCAACAGCUAUUAGGUGUGGCAAUGGAUAACUUACGGGCAAGUAUCUAGCAACGCGCUUCACAAGACUCACACACACAAGCUUGUGUCGACCUGCUGUUUAUCCUACUGGAGGACGGCUCUAAGGAUCUCAUUGGCACCAAUGUGCCACCUAACUAGUCGAUGCAGUGCAGGGUGAGCAUAUGCUACUGACACGGCCCAGUCCGUGCCGAGGAGGGUAUAAAUAUCUGAUAUAUUGGCUGAAAGAAGGAUUAGAGGUAAUUUUUUGAGUUAAAUAAUGGGGAUAUUCAGAACACGGUGCAUCAAUAUCUCAUCAUCCGAAUCAUUCUGACGUGCCCCAUCAAGGUUAGUCAAUUUAUGAAAUUUAUGAAGUCCCGAAUAGAAGUCUCACCGGGAGUUGCUAUAGUGCCAUUAUGUGCUUCCUCAAACGUUUUGCUCACAAAUAUCUCUGCGGUCACGGUUUCGAGACGUGCCAAGAGGUGCCCAGGAGCACGAGUCGGCCAAUGUGUUCUCGUCCGCCGUGGAUGCAAUAUCCAAUGGCCGAGACUUUUAUCAACAUCGCCCACAAGGAGAAGUGUUCGAUGUGCGUCAGCCGCAAGCAGGCCGAAAUAUUCGACAACAACUUGAGGAAGGCAGGGUUUCUGUGCUGACUAGUGCGGCAUGAUACCAUGCUGCCGUUGGACUUCCCGUUGUAACGCCACGACUUCCCGAGUUCUGAGUCCCUAGAGAAGGGACGAGCCGAAUAUUUGGCAGUAAUGGGGAUGGAUAUAUUAAUAUAUUCAUCCAUCUGUCGGUCCGGCUCGGGCCCCGUGCGCCUAUCUGGAUAAUCAAUGUGAUAGGCCCUCAAUCGGGCAGCGAUCGGGAAAUCUGGUUGCGCGGCCUCGUGUGCUGGAAAGUUCGGUUAACGAUCACAAUGGGAAGUUCCGGAAACCGAAGCGUUGGAGGGUGCUUUUCGUCCCCGACGUUCUCUUGACGAUGCGGCUUUUCCUCUUCGUUUCCGGUCACCUGGGGUCGAAGUUCUUCGUAUUUCUCCUGGAUACCCGGCGCACUGCCACCCCCGAGAAGGCCUCGACCAUGUUGCCAGCAAAAUUAAAUUACGUGGAUAAGGAUGGGGGUUAGAGACAAAGAGUGAGUCCUAGGUGAUUUCUGAUGAACGUACCCUUUGAUCGUGUUGACACCGACGACCAACUCAGUUUUGUUGAGUAGCCACCUCUGAGCUACCAACCCGACGCUUCCGGAGCAGCCACAUCAUUCACUCCAUAUCCGAAAAUAAUCCCACGAUGUGCUGGACCCGGAUCGACACAACGACGUUUAGCUGCCAUGCAGGCAAAGUGCUCAACUUCGUGCCGGUAAAGUGCGACAUCCGCAAGGACUGGUGCGUCCGCCCCGAGCAUGGGUACCCAACGUACGAGGGUACGACGCGGAUGGAUCCGUCGAGGUGUGGGGCUUGCAGACACAAAUGGGAGGCGCAGCAGAAGGCCAAGAACAAGUAGUGCCGAGUCUGGGGCGGCACAUGACGAUGGACCCUUCCUGGGCUGAUAAAAUUGUCCAUGUCUCACUUUGUUGUACGACGAGGACUCCCCGUAUACCCCAUGUUGUUGAUCG